AGGCGGCCAAAGGUCAGGGGCAGGCGGCCAAGGGGCAGGGCAGGAAGCUGACAGCCGUGCUGUUAGCUGUGAAGAGGGAAGCUGUGGUUGAAAGCCCCAGCGCAAACAUCCCACACCACACCUGUGGGACCAUGGAGACUGGAACUGCCUUCCCGCAGCUCCCUGAGAGUGAGGCCAGGAGAGCCCCCGAGGGCGGUGGUGGGAAUGGGAGUGUGGAUGGUGAUGCCACAAGCAGGAACCCCUUUGCGGGGCUGGUGAGCCACCUGCGGGCAGCCUGGCUCUCCGGGAAGACUCGGCCCAUGGAAUACCGCAUAGCCCAGCUGGAGGCUCUGGAACACUUCCUGGAUGACAAGAAGCAGCAUAUCCUGGAAGCCACUGCCUGUGACUUGGGCAAGGCACCCUUUGAAGCUGAAUUAUCUGAGAUCCUCCUGUGCAAGAAUGAGCUGCAUGAGACCCUGAACAACCUGUCCCACUGGAUGAAGGAUGAGCAAGUGGACAGGACUCUGGCGAUGCAGCUGGACUCUGCCUUCAUCCGCAAGGACCCCUACGGGGUGGUGCUCAUCAUAGCGCCAUGGAACUACCCCAUCCAGCUCUUCCUGGUGCCCCUCAUUGGGGCCAUUGCUGCCGGGAACUGCGCCAUCAUCAAACCCUCAGAGGUAUCCAAGAAGACAGAGAGACUCGUGGCAGAAGUGCUGCCCAGCUACCUGGACAAGGACUGCUUUGCUGUGGUGACCGGUGGUGUGCUGGAGACCACCAGGCUGCUGGAGAACAAGUUCGACUACAUCUUUUUCACUGGCAGCCCCCCGGUGGGGCGGAUCGUGAUGACAGCCGCUGCCAAGCACCUGACGCCGGUGACGCUGGAACUGGGGGGCAAGAACCCCUGCUAUGUGUCCGACACCUGCAACGUGGCCAAUGUGGCACGGCGUGUGGUCUGGGGCCGCUUCUUCAACGCAGGGCAGACCUGCAUCGCUCCUGACUACGUGCUCUGCACCAUGGAGAUGCAGGAGAAGCUGCUCCCAGCCCUGCGCAAGGCCAUUGAUGAUUUCUAUGGCCCCAACCCCCAAGAAUCGCCGGAUUUUGGCCGCAUUGUGAGUGACAAGCAGUUCCAGCGGGUGCAAAGGCUCCUGGGCAGUGGGCGCGUGGCCAUCGGGGGACAGACAGAUGAGGCAGAGCGCUACAUCGCUCCCACUGUGCUGGCAGAUGUGCAGCCCUCGGAUCCCAUCAUGCAGGAGGAGAUCUUCGGGCCCAUCCUGCCCAUCGUCAUCAUUGCCAACAUGGAUGAAGCCAUCGACUUCAUCAACAGCCAGGAGCGGCCCUUGGCUGUCUACGCCUUCUCCUCCAAUGACAAGGUGGUGAACCAGGUCCUGGAGCGGACGAGCAGCGGUGGCUUCUGUGGCAACGACACCCUGAUGCACGUGACUCUGACCUCGCUGCCCUUCGGAGGCAUUGGGAACAGUGGCCUGGGAAUGCACCACGGGAAGUUCAGCUUCGACACCUUCUCCCACCGCCGCGGGUGUCUGAAGCGCGGGAUGGGCCGGGAGCCCCUCAAUGGCCCGCGCUACCCCCCGUACAGCCAGCAGAAAUUUGGGGUCAUCCGGGCCACGUCCAAGGUGACACGUAAGAAUGACUGUACCCUGCUCUGAGGGUCCCCACAUCCCACUCAGAGUCUCCCCACUCAGCACAUCUCCUGCUGCUGGUCCUGAUGCCCAGGUGCAAUGAAAGAUGUUUCCCCACAUCUGUGUGGUUCCCUUUCACCUCCCUGCUCACCCCAAAAGUCCCAAGACCCCCACAUGUCCCUCCAUCCCAGUCCCAUAUGCCCCUUUUCUGGCUCUUUGGAGUUCUAUUUCCAGUGGUUCUACCACAGCAGAGGGGUCUCCUGUGUCCCCAUUGCAUACUCUGCCUUGAGAAGGUCCACAGCAACUCCCUGAUCACAAAUCCUUGAGCUGGGAUGAUCCCAGUUUUCUUCACCCCGUGAUCUCAGUGUCCUUUGCCCUAUGUUCCCAAUUUCUCCUACUCCAUGAUCCCAAGUUUUCUUUGCCCCAUGGUAUCAGUGUCUGUUGCCCCAUGUUCCCAUUUAUCCUGCCCCAUGAGCCCAGUUUCCUUCACCCCAUGCUGCUCCAUUUUGGGGGGCUGGUUGUGCCCAUUCCUGCUAGGCUGUGGCUUGUCAUGGCUGAAUCCCAUAGGGAUCCCCCCAGGUGGGACAGAUGGAGAGAACUGGACAAAGGAAUUGAAAUAAAGACAGUUUUAUAGAGAAAGGGAAACAUCGAGUCCACCAUCAGUAAAUUUGCAGAUGACAUCAAGCUGGGAGCAUGUGCCGAUCUGUGUUGGAGGGUAGGAGGGCUCUGCAGAGGGAUCUGGACAGGCUGGAUAGAUGGGCCAAGUCCAACAGCAUGAGGUUUAACAAGUCCAAAUGCUGAGUCCUGCACUUUGGCCACAACAACCCCCAGCAAUGCUAUAGGCUGGGAACAGGGUGGCUGGACAGUGCCCAGGCAGAAAGGGACCUGGGGGUACUGGUCGACAGCCAACUGAACAUGAGCCAGCAGGGUGCCCAG